GUUCACGUUCGUUUCAUACCCCUAAACUGGUCUCGUCAUGGAUAAGACGAAGGAGAGAUACUCCAGGAGCAUCCGGGACGAUCGUGAUGAGAGAGAUAGGACUAAGCAUCAUCAUGAGAGGUCUCACGAAGGAAGUAAGAGGAAUAAUCGAGAGCAAGAGAAUGGGUCGGCUAGGGCAGCAAACAAGAAAUCUAGUCAAAUCGUUGAAAAUAUUAAGCGAUCUCAGGAGUUGGCUCAUAAACAGAACAAGGGUUUUGUUCUGCGAGUGGAUGCACUUGGAAGAGAAAUAGAUGAACAUGGGAAUGUGAUUAGUGUCACUAAACCGAUCAAUCUUAGUACAUUGAUGGUUAACAACAACAAACACAAGAAAGAUGCUUCUCAGAAUAUUCUUAAACCUCAUGAACUUGAAGUACUAGAUCCACAAGAGAACCCUUAUUUUGAUCCAAGGAUCGUUCCAGAUUUGAUAGAGUUGUCUGACCGUGUCACAAUAGAAGAGCCAAUCCCAGUUUUUUUUGAGUGGUGGGAUGCAGAGAUCCUCACCGAUAACAAGUUGUUGUUGGAUGCAAAUAUCCUCAUCAAUGACACCAUUACUGAGAACCAUCUGAAUAUGAAAAUACUUAAUUAUCACAUUGAGCAUCCAUCUUCCAUAGAGCCACCUGCAGAGGCAGCUUCUCCACCUCCCCAAUUUCUUAAACUGACAAAGAAGAAACAGAAGAAACUGCGAACCCUGAGGCGUGCCGCAAAAGAAAAGAAGAAACAGGAGAUGAUUAGACAAGGGUUUCUUAAACCACAAAGAUCAAAGGUGAAAAUGGGCAACCUAAUGAAGGUUCUUGCGUCUGAAGCAACCCAAAACCCAACCAAGCUUGAAAAAGAGAUCCGCACAGCAGCUGCUGAGCGUGAACAAGCUCAUAUGGAAAGGAACGUAGCGAGGAAGCUAACUCCUAAAGAGAAACGUGAGAAGAAAGAAAGGAAGGUCUUUGAUGAUCCAACGACAGUUGAGACGAUUGUGUCGGUGUACAAGAUCGACAAGAAGCUAUCGCAUCCCAAAACAAGAUUCAAAGUGGAGAUGAAUGCAAAACAGAACAUAUUAACAGGGUGUUGUGUGAUGAUGGAUAAAAUGAGUGUUGUUGUGGUUGAGGGUAAGAGAAAAGCAAUAAAGAGAUACGAGAAGCUUAUGCUGAAGCGUAUAAACUGGGGAAAGGCAGACGAGGAAGAAGAUGAAGAAGAAGAAGAGAAUGGUGGAAACAAGUGUUGGUUGGUUUGGCAAGGAAGUGUUGAGAAACCAAGUUUUCAUAGGUUUCAUGUACAAGAGUGCUUGACCAAAUCUGCUGCCAAGAAAGUUUUCACAGAUGCUGAUUCAUUGACUCAUUUCGACGAAGAGCUCUUUUGGUCGAACAUAAUCCAUAAGAAGCAUAAUUUGAUUCAGAGAAAUUCAAAGGAUUACGGAGUAAUGGCGAUUACGGCGACUAGAUUGGUCUCUCUGACUCUCUUAUGGAUUGUCGUCCUCUUCGUCACACUUGCUCUCAUUCAGAUCAAAUUGACUGAUGUUGCGGAUCCUAGUGUCAAUGAGAAGAUUGUUGAUGCUAAGCUCAAUCAGGUGGGAGAGGAUUUAGAAGGAGUAACACACAAAGUUUACUUUGACAUUCAGAUCAAUGGUUCACCAGCAGGACGCAUUCUUAUUGGCCUUUUUGGGAAGAUAGUUCCUAAAACUGCAGAGAACUUUCGAGCACUUUGCACGGGAGAGAAAGGAGUUGGAAACAUGGGGAAACCUCUUUAUUUCAAAGGAAGCAGCUUCCAUAGGAUCAUUCCUGGCUUCAUGAUUCAGGGUGGAGAUUUUACACGAGGCGACGGGCGAGGUGGAGAGUCGAUAUAUGGUGAUAAAUUUGCAGAUGAGAACUUUAAACUCAAACACACUGGGCCAGGAUAUUUAUCAAUGGCAAACUCGGGACCAGAUUCCAAUGGUUCACAGUUCUUCAUCACAACAGUCACCACGAGUUGGUUGGACGGACAUCACGUUGUGUUUGGGAAGGUAUUGUCUGGCAUGGAAGUAGUGCGCAAGAUCGAAGCGCAGGGACAAGACAGUGGAGUGCCCAAAGGACAUGUUAUUGUUUUUGCUAGUGGAGAAGUUUCUUUGUAAUAUCGUUUUUUCUUCAUCCGAAUGAACAAGAGACCGAGAU